GAAAGAGGCCACGCCUCCUUUUAAAUCACCCAGACGCACACCAUCUCCUAAAAAGCGGAGAUUUUUCCUGUGAGCCUACAAUCACUGGGUAGUGCCGCAAAUUGGCUUCCAGGUAGGCUGUGUGUGGAAACAGAUCGGAUCAAGCCAGAUCAAACUGGAUCAGACGAGCCAUGGUUUUGCAGAAGCUUCUGAGUUUUGGCAAGCAGCUGCUGCGUGUGAAAGUGGUGGAUUGCAGCUUGGAGGACUCUCGUCUCUCACGAUGUCUUAACACAUUUGACCUAGUAGCCCUGGGAGUGGGCAGCACUCUGGGGGCUGGGGUUUACGUCCUUGCCGGUGCGGUGGCACGGGAGAACUCGGGGCCUGCCAUAGUGCUGUCUUUCCUCAUCGCUGCCAUGGCAUCGGUGCUGGCUGGCCUGUGCUACGCUGAGUUUGGGGCACGAGUACCCAAGACAGGCUCAGCAUAUCUGUACAGCUACGUGACAGUGGGGGAGCUCUGGGCCUUCAUCACUGGCUGGAAUCUCAUCCUCUCUUAUAUCAUAGGCGCAGCUAGUGUAGCUCGUGCCUGGAGCGCCACAUUCGACGAGCUGAUCGGCAAAAAAAUCGAGAUGUUCUGUCGUGAGUAUAUGAGCAUGAAGUUCCCAGGGGUGUUGGCUGAAUAUCCGGAUAUGUUUGCAGUGGCCAUCAUUCUGAUUCUCUCAGGCUUGCUGGCUUUUGGAGUGAAGGAGUCAGCCAUGGUCAAUAAGGUUUUCACCUGCAUCAAUGUCUUGGUGCUGCUGUUCAUGGUGAUAUCAGGCUUUGUCAAAGGCACCCUCAAGAACUGGCAGCUGGAUCCUGAUGAGAUUCUCAAUGCCACCAAUUCUUCGGGCUUCAAUAAAACGGAUGCCAAGGAAUUACCUGAGAGCUUGGGAAUGGGUGGAUUUAUGCCAUUUGGCUUCAGCGGAGUCCUCUCUGGAGCUGCUACAUGCUUCUAUGCCUUUGUCGGGUUUGACUGCAUUGCCACAACAGGUGAGGAGGUGAAGAAUCCCCAGAGGGCCAUCCCUAUCGGCAUCGUCUCCUCUCUCCUCAUCUGUUUUGUCGCCUACUUUGGUGUGUCGGCUGCUCUCACUAUGAUGAUGCCGUACUACAUGCUGGACACGAAAAGCCCGAUUCCUGUGGCCUUUAAAUAUGUAGGCUGGGAGGGAGCCACCUAUGCAGUGGCUUUAGGCUCUCUGUGUGCCCUCUCCACCAGCCUGAUUGGUACCAUGUUCCCAAUGCCCCGGGUCUUGUGGGCGAUGGCAGAUGACGGGCUUAUCUUCAAAUACAUGGCUGAAAUCAACCCGAAAACAAAAACCCCCUUAUCUGCUACUCUAACGUCUGGCUUUUUGGCAGCUGUCAUGGCGUUCCUGUUUGACCUAAAGGAUCUGGUUGACCUGAUGUCUAUUGGCACUCUCCUGGCUUACACGUUGGUUGCUGCAUGUGUGCUGGUGCUCAGGUAUCAACCGGAUCAUCCCACUCAGGGCUACCAGAUGGCAAACACACAGGAGGAGCUGGAGAUGAGAGAAUCCUUUAGUACUAUGAGUAUGGGUAUUCUGCCUGGCAUGGAGGAGCGCUUCAGUUUCAAAAGGCUGCUUUUCCCUGACAACACGGAGCCGUCUGGGCUUUCUGGCUCUGCCGUCAAUGUCUGUGCAAGCCUGCUUGGUUUCCUGAUCCUGGUUUUCUGCAUCGUGGCCGUCCAUGGUGGUACCGCCAACUGGAGCAUAGCAACCCUCAGUGUGAUUGCCAUGGUGUGUCUUCUUCUCGCUUUCAUCAUUUGGAGGCAGCCGGAGAGUAAAAGCAAGCUCUCGUUUAAGGUGCCUCUGUUACCCUUCCUCCCUGUGGUUAGCAUGUUUGUGAACGUCUAUCUGAUGAUGCAGUUGGACAGGGGGACCUGGAUACGCUUUGCUCUAUGGAUGUUCAUUGGCUUUAUUAUCUACUUUACGUAUGGAAUAUGGCACAGCUCAGAAGGUGCUUUGACUCAUUCCAUUCCAGACGAAGGUCCUGAUGUGUGUAAAUCCACUGAUACUCACCUGGAUGCUAUGUCCCCUGAAAAAGAGGCCUUCCUUUUCACCAGACAGGAGGAUGGGGAUGAUGAAGACGGUGAGCUCUGACACUGAGGAUCAGACGAGCUUCAGUACUGCCUGCUUGACGUCCUCUCUGAAUCACCACACUCAGGGCCGCUGAAGAGCACAAACUUUUAUCAGACUGAGCAGAAGGAGAUGCAGCAUUGCGGUUGAUUAGAUAACUCACUUCCACAUGAGAGGCCGAGCACCUUGUCGAUGGAUAGUGAUUUUCUGGCAUUCUAAUUUGGAACCAAAAAGAAACGACAGCAAAAGACAUGUUAGAAACAGAAACAACAACAGUCUUGUCAGAAGGCAACUUGUUAGCUUCAGUUAUAUACUGAGUGUCCAGUUUAAGUCAGUGACCACUGUUUUCUGAUGGCUGCCUUCGUCAUCUGAUUGCAUAUUUUACAAACAUGUUACAUCUGAAUUAGAAUGCUGCAUACACACAAUGUUGCGACAAUAUCAGGGAUGCUUUCAGGGACUUCUGUUUAACGGAUUAGUAUGUUUAAUAAUGAAAUCUGCUCUACACACGGCUCAGUGUUCCUUAAUUUACUAUCCUGUUUAAGCUGACACUCAGUUUCUGAAAUGUUACCUACUAGUCUGAGCUGCUCUGAUCCAGAUUUAGUACACUUGGUAUUUAUAGAAAGCCCUCGCUGCCUCUCACUGCUACUGCCACCUGGUGGAGUGGUAGCGAACACAAACAGAAGAUUGUAGCUCUUUUCUGUAUAUUGAGAGGGUUAUAUUUCCAGUACUGGGUAAUUGUUUCCUUUUUUGCAGACUUAUUUGGCUCAUAUAGCGUUUUGAGGCUGCUAAUUGAAAUAGUCAUCUCGAGAAUAUUUGAAGAGAGUUUGUAGGACUAAAAACCUUUUAGGUCAGGUUUGAGUAAUAGAAACUUUUCCAUAAGCAGUUAGAAGAUAUUACCAAGAUUAAUCAUGAUAAAUAAGGAUAUAUACAUAUUUUUCCCCUUGUGGUUUUUCCUGACACAGAUUACUUAAGUGAGUUACAUAGAUUCCACUUCAACAAAGUGCAUUAAUUAAGCUGUGAUCUACUAAAUCAGUAAUGUAAUGAACACAUCAUCUGUAAUAAUAUAAACGCAUUCACCUGUCAUUACCGCACACUACAAAGGCCACCAAUUGCACCAGUCAUUAUUAUGCUGAGUGAAGAAUCACACAUGGUAUAAUAAAUAAGGAAUUAAAUGAACGAAAUGACCAUUACUGGCACAAAAUGGUUUAUUUCCAAAUAACAGCACGUUUUAUUUCCCUUCUCUUUUAUUAAAGAACAAAACCUUAUACAUUUUAUCCUUACAUAGAUGCAUUUAAUUUUUUAAAUUAUCAGCAAAACAAGUCCUAUUAGAUCCUAUUAGAUAUUCCAUCAGCUGAGCUGUGAGUGGAAUUCAGGUAUAGUGACAUGACUUGUUGAAUUAUUUUUCCCAUGUAGAUAACAAGAUUUUAGAUAUUACUGCCCACUGAGUGUGUAUGUGUUUAUGGUUUAUAAAAUGUAAUUCUGUUUACACCUCACUGUUUUGUCAUUUUGUGUCUUUUUUUUUUUUUUUUUUUGGACCAUUUCUGGUGUUUUGUUUGUGAAUCCUGGAAUAGUUGAGAUGUGCUGUAGCUCAAAUCACUGUGCCUUGUAUGUGGUACUGUAAAUAAAAUUAUGUUAGCCAUA